AUGGCUGCCGCCGAUUUGAACCGAAAUGUCCUCGAGUUCUAUGGACUGUCCACCGCAUACCCGACCGAGUGGCCUACCGACAAGGACAACAGUGAUGCAUCUGAUAGCGAGGAAGAGCAGAAGAAACAGCGCAAGAUCCAGCGCAGGAAGUCGCGAUACCAAGCUCUCGAGCGCGCCGUCAGCAAUAGGGCGAGUGUCGUCCCCGGAUCCGAGAAAUCGACCAACGGAGUGGGCAAUCUAGUUCAGAAGGAUGAGCCGGAUCCUCUAGGAAGUACGGACAGUGUUGUGAGGACGUUGAAGCAACUAGGCGUUCCGGUACAAGAAGACCCGCGAUUGCGCACCAAGUUCCUCCUCUCCUCGACCAACUUCUCGCCAGCCCUGUUCUUGUCCCAGUUGCACUCGACCGACGACACCCGAUCUCUCGAGAUUGGGCUUGACAAUCUAUCGCAAUCCAUUGAUCAGAAGUCAGCAUCUCUGAAAGUACUGGUCGAGUCCAACUUCGAGCGCUUCGUACGCGCGAAGGCCACCAUUGAUAAUGUCUACAAGGAGAUGAAGUACAGGGGCGCGGAGCCUCCGGCGCCAACUCGAGCUCGAGCACACUCCAGGCAUGCCAGCAGAAGCAGUUUCAGAAACAGCAGCGGCGGCGCUGCUCUUGGGGCAAAUGCGUUGGCUUCUCCAAGCCCCUUAUCUCCAGGGGCUGAUAGCAGGAAGAAGAACGCACUGGUCAAGGAGAGCGACUAUGGCGUCAUGGGCAUUAAGACGCCGUUGCUUGAUGUCUCGGCAAAGGCAGAGGAUGUCUGGGGGCCGGCACUUGGUGGACGAGAAAAGGAAGAGAACCUGAAGACGGUGCAGACUUCGUUGGAAAGGUAUAAGGAUUACAUUGAGGCCAGCGCCAAUAUAGCCGACAGCAUCAAACGCAAGGACUACGAAACGCUGGUGGAAGAAUAUGCUCGCGCCCGGAAGUUCGCAGAUGAGGCAAGGAAGCUGCUGCAGGAUCUAGGCUCAACUUCGCCGAGUGAGACACAAACGUACCAAGUUCUUUUGGCAGCUAGGAUGUGGUACGAUAUUGACGAGCAACUUCAUGCCUUCAAGCGUGACGUAUGGAAGAAGCUGACAUCGCUGCACAACGUCAAAUCGGAGACUGUAGCAGGGCGGCCGCAGGAGCAGCAUAUGGAGCUUAUCGGCUUGCUACUGGAACUGGGAGUCGAGGACAACCCCAUCUGGGUGUGGCUUCUUAGUAGAUACGACUACUUGAAGGGCAAAAUAACCUCGACUGCAGAUCGUGCCAAAGUUGAGAUCGAAGUACUGCGUAGGCGGCUCGCCCACGCGGAGAAGCCACCUGCUCAGGCCGUGGCUUCACACCUCCGAGCACUUGGCCGCCAAUCAGUCGAAAGCAAGCCCACCGGCAUCGACUCCGCGGAUAUCAUCGAGCUUUGGGAGAAGAUGAUGGCGUUCAUGAGUACGCUGCUGGGAGCUCAGGGAGUACUUGGCGAGGUCGUAGAGUUCUGGCAGACUGUUGAAAGCUUCAUCGAUGGCAAGGCCCAAAUAUCUUUGCCCGUGGGCUACAACGGGGAGUCCCGUGACCAUCAUCGACUGUCUCAACAGGGCACCGUCGACUUGAGGAAAGGCACAUCUGAGCUCGUCGACAUGAUUCGACAGCAUCUGUUGGAGUUCUUCGUCGGCGCUCCUCCUGAGGACAUCUCACUGCUCUUCUCACCUGUACCACCAUCCCCCGGCACGCCCAUGUCAGCAUCCCUGACACCGUCGGCACUGAGAGACCCUCGAUUUAAUUUCGACGAGAACCACAUGCCUCCACCUUCGCCAAAACGCGGGGAGGCUUAUGAGAAGUUCGCUUUCUGGCCACCAAACUCCAACUCUGUCAGCGGUGUUCAUUAUCUUUCCAAGAUGUUGGCACUGGUGGGCUCUGGUGCGUCAGAGAUGGCCAGCAUAGCAGCGGUCGGCCAAAAUGAUGGCAAGUUAUUGGAGCUAUUACGGACAUUGGUUGGCGCGGCAAGGGAGAGAUGUGUCACGGCUAUAUGUGCUGCGUGGAACAAGGAUGCCGAGAACAUUAAGUAUGUGGAAGAUUGGCAGAGAUCCAGGGAGAUGGGCGAUGUGACACGGAUGCCUGAGAGUUUUGCCGCCUUUGAGGGUGCCCUGCUCAGUGGCAUGCAGAAGAUUCUGUACAUUUCGGAAGCCAUGGCUAAACCUGGCGCUGCUGAAAUCGUCCUACCUCCACCAACCAAACUUCUGCAGAUGGUACGCAGUCAAUAUGUUACCACCCUUUACAAGGCCUUGAGCGGAAUGGUCGAGAAUGCCGAGAGGGCGGUCAAGAAGGCAGAUGAUGAGUGGACAACCGAAUUGGACGCCCUCGUCAAGUCAGGCGACGAUCGAGCAUCCCUCAGCGUCGGUGUCAAUACUAUCAACGCAGGCGAUCGCAACGUCCGCAUGCUUCUGACUCUUAGCAAUCUGCAAGCUCUCCGCUCGCAGGUGGUCCCUAACCUGAACGGGCAGUUCGAGAACGCUUUCUCAGUGAAGCUGACGGACGAGUCCAAGACGAUUCGUGACGUCCUUGGCCAGAUCGACGCCCGCCUUUUUCAGUCAUACACUCGUCCCUCUAUUGACGCCCUGCGCAAGAUCAUUCGCGCCGGCCUCUCUGACCCCAACUGGGCGCCCGCGAAGCCCACUGAGGUAAAACCCUACGUCUACGAAGCCCUCCUCUCACUUGUGCUCGUCCACACUCAAGUAUCCACUACCGCACCAUCACUCACUUCGCAAGUCCUCUCCUACCUCCUCGAGCAGACGUCCCGCGAGCUGCUCGAGGCCUUCAAGCAGCGCCCCAAGUAUGACCUCGGCGCACUGAUGCAAGCGACGCUUGACGUCGAGUUUGUGGCCCAAUCCCUCUCGCAGUACACAACGGAGCGGGCCUCGCAGUUGCAGAGCGAGAUCUACACCAUGUUGGACAACCGGACCGACGACGCCGCCAGAGCAAGGCUCCAGGGCGAACUCCCCGGCAUGCGCGACGUACUUAAGAAGCUACGCGAGCUGAGUAAGAACGAGUUCGCGUGCUUUAAGAAGCCGCGCAAGAGCCAACUAGAGCGCAAGCAGACCGGUUAG